AUGCCGAGCCAGUCCCAAAACCAUUCCGACUCUGAUGAGGAUAUCGAGUUCGAAGAUGUCCCUUUACGCCAGAAUCAGCCAUCCUCCAGAUCAGAUGGUCUUGAGGUCACUCUCUCCGAGUCCGGAGCCCAGGCUGACGGUGGGCGAACCCCGGAUCGUCAAUGGAACCCUACGUUGAAUCUUCCGCAGCAACGAGACAGCCCCAUAACUCCGGGCUCUGCGGAAGAAACCCGGCUCCGCGAACGUUUAAGCUCUGAUAUUGACCGGAUCAAUUUACGUCAAUUAAAGACCGAGAUGGGCAUGGAUAUUCCGGAGACCGAUCCAUCAGCCCGUCCGUACGUGAAUUUUGCGGCAUUGGCGCGUGAUGUGGAGCAUUUAGUAGAUAUGCUCUGGACUACGUCGACCCCUUCUAUCGAAGUCGAGCCUCUGAUUACACUGGCUGGCAUCGUUCAAAAUUCGCUGCAGGCCUAUGCCUUCGACCCACACAGCACCUUCAUACUCUUGCACAAAUUCGAUGUCAUCUUCGCAUCUAUGUAUACCGGUGUCCAUCCAAUUACCGGCUCGUUCCUUCCGGGCUAUAGAGCCGGUCAUCCACUGCUGACGCAGACCCAGAGAGUCCGUAUCCGCAGCUUGGCUGAACAAACUCGGUACAAGGUCAUUUCUUUUGUCCAGCGGUCCAGUGAGGAAAAUGAUCAGAAUAGUGAGAUCUGUGAUGACGAAAGUGAGUCCGAUGAUGCUGAGGGCCAACAGUGGCUAUUGAAUGCCUCCUAUGUCUUUAAUGAUGUGUUGAUGCUUGGCGAGGCCGAAGUUGAGAUUGAAGUGAAUGGAAGCUAG